GUCGACAGUAAUUUCUGAAAACUGAAAACCACAGUAAAGUUAGAAGUUGGAACGUGUCCAUAUUAUAUUUAAAUUUAUAUUAUCGUCCUUAUUUUGAUCAAGAAUAAAACAACGAAAUUUCGUCUUCACAUCACGCAGAAUAUAGUACCAAAAUGAACAGUUCAUAUCAAGGGGGUGUACCCGACGAUGAUUAUGAUGUAUUUCAAACAUUGUCUACAACAAUUGGAAGCAAUAUAAAGAAGAUAUCACAAAAUGUGUCAUCCAUGUCAAAAAUGGUUAAUCAAUUGCAAACACCGCAAGAUUCACAAGAACUUCGGAAACAGCUGCGUCAGAUACAAAACUACACCCAAAAACUUGCCAAAGAUACUUCAAUCAUGCUGAUGGAUCUAAUGAAAAUGCCCGUGGAUAAACCAGAUCAGAAGCUAAACAAAGACAGGCUGAGUGAUGAAUAUAUGGCUACACUAAAUGCUUUUCAGGCAACCCAAAGAACUGCAGCCCAAAAGUCGAAAGAAGAUAUCAGAAAAGUUAAAGCACAGAAUAUUAACAUUGGUGAUCCUUUUGCUGUUGGUGGAAACAAGGAAUUGCUGGAAUUGGGUGAACCACCAAAGAAACAGGAGCAAAUGACUAUGCAGUCAGAGCGAGAGCUUAUGGAACUUGAACAGCGCGAGAACGAUAUAAGACAAUUGGAGAGUAACAUAAUGGAUGUCAACCAAAUAUUCAAGGAUCUUGGAACUAUGAUACAUGAUCAAGGUACUGUGGUGGACUCUAUUGAAUCAAAUGUAGAGUGUACAUUGCAAAAUGUCGAAAAUGCCACACAGGAAUUGAGUACCGCUGCUACAUAUAAGAAUAAGCUGCGUAAGAAGAAAGUCUACCUGACGUUGAUACUCAUAAUAGUGAUAUCUAUUAUUUUUAUUAUUAUUUUCCAUAAUUAGGUCUGUUAGUAGUAAUUCGUAUAUUAAUAGAUAUAUGACGGAGUGACGUUCCUGCCAGCUGCUAUUGAAAAGUCUAGUAAUUUUGGCAUAUCAAACAAACAAACUACUCGUAUUAAUAGUACUUGGGGGUUAAUCAAGAUGCCUUAACAGUCGUGUAUGCAGAAAGUCGAAAUCUUAAUUUGUAUGAAAAUGACAGUUGGUAUCGACAAAUUAACAUACAAAUUUACUUUUCGACUGUUCAGAUUUGACAUUGACGUUGAUAAUGUAUAAGCUCUGUGACUUAAUGAUAAUGACAGCUGACAGUAACGCCAGUACACCGACAUGUACCAUUUGUUAGUAUAACACACAAUAGUAAUGUUCACUGAUGUAUAAUUAGCAUGUUCAGUAUGUACAUUCCAUUUGAUGUAUAUAUUUCUUAAGCUUUCUAAGUAUACUUGGCCUAGUGUCUUCAGCGUGCGACUGAUCCCAUAGGUCAUAGAUUUGAACCCCGGCUGUGCACCACUGGACUUUCUAUAGUCGUAUUUUUAAUUAGACGAAGCCAACUGACAGUAGCUAAUGUCACUUUGUAAAAUAAUGUUGCCAUAUUUAAAGUAACA